AUGAACAAUAUUUUGAGACAAAUUACAAACACUUUUGGCUUAUAUGUACGUUACAUCGAUGAUAUUUUUAUUAUUAUUAACUGGCCGAUUCGUCAUUUUCUAAAACAAAUUGACUGCUGGAAUGAAUUUGAUUCCAAUAUUAAAUUAUUAGCCAACAUCAAUUUAAAAGCUAAUUUCUUGGAUUUAUACAUGGAGAAUCAAGAUGGUACAUUAUUUAGCUCAAUUUAUCAUAAACCAUCCUAUGAACCAUAUUACUUACCAUUCAAUAGUACUUAUCCGUUACAUAUGAAAAACAACAUAUCAUUUACUAUGUUACUUCGAGGAAUUAGCUAUUGUUCAACAUUUGAAGCAUACUCAUAUGAACACGAUCAAUUACGAAUGGCAUUACUUUUAAAUAAAUAUCCAAGUAAAAUUUAUUGA